GCCUCGGGAGGAUGCGGCGCCGGGGCGCGGGGCACAGGCCCGGGAGGCGCGAGCGGGCUCUUUGUAGUUGUGGGCGGGCCAGGGGCUGGGCACCCCCGAUGUGCCCGCCUGGCACCGGCCGUCCCGCGGUCGUGCCCGUGACCUCGGCAGGUCGGACACUUGUCCCCACCGGCCCAGGCCCCCUCCGCUCCCUCCCAACCGGUUUCCAGAGUGCUACCUGCCCAGCUACCGGUUGUCAGCAAACGUGAGGAAUUGUGUUUCCGCCCUUCACCGGCGGCACUGCCCUCCAGGCGGCGGGCGCAGAGAUGCGUUUUCCGCCAGAAGUGAGUUGUCCGCUUCCCCCGACGGCAGAUCCUGGACGGGAACCGAGGUUUUCGGUUUCUCUGCCUGUUCUCCAGAUAGCAGCCAUAGGAAAACUGAUGUCAUCCCUUUCCGAAGCGGUUUUCUCCAAAAAUCUGGAGAUUCCUUGACAGGAGGGGGGUUGGGUGGGGAAAGCUUGAGGUGGAGAAAAGUUGUCCCAUGCAGGCAGCGAGGUUGGGGCAGGUGUUCUGGAGGCGCGUGGUAUAGAUCCCGGUGCACCCUCCCUGGCUGGGUGAACUGGGGCAAGGUGCUCCCGCUCUACCCUCGAUUUCCUGAUCUGUAGAAUGGGGGUGCUGACAAUGGCAGCUGUGCUGCUGGACUAAACCGGUGUUGGCAGUCCCUGGCAUGCGGUGAGAUUCAGUGAGUCGCUGCGGCUGCUGAUAAAGUCCUACACCCUUUUUCUCUGAGCCAGAGCGACCCGGCACUUCUCUGGUCCUGUCUGCUCCCAGCUCCUUAUUUCCCUCUCUGGGGGCACAUGGGGUCAUUCUCAGGUGGUGUGAGGAUUUCAGAGUUGGUGAUUCUGAGGGGUUGGAAAGCAGAAGGGGCUUCUCCCUCCUGGCUCCCUUUUUCUUCUUUCAGAUCUGCCUUCUGGAGACACCACCCAUCCUAAGGGAAGAGCCCAGAAAGAAGAUAUGGCUAUUGGACAGAGGGAAGCGAGGCCUCGGGUGUCACUGACCUUCGAGGAUGUGGCUGUGCUCUUUACACGGGAGGAGUGGAGAAAGCUGGGUCCUUCUCAGAGAAACUUGUACCAGGACGUGAUGCUGGAGAACUAUAGUAACCUGGUCUCAUUGGGACUCCUGUUUUCCAAACCAAAAGUGAUCUCCCUGUUGCAGCAAGGAGAAGAUCCCUGGAAGGUAGAGAAAGAAAGUCCUGGAGGCCCCUCUCUAGGAUAUAAGAGCAGUCCUAAAACUACAAAGUCAACUCAAACUCAAGAUUCAUUAUUUCAGGAGCUAAUAAGGAAAAGACUCAAAAGGGAUGAACCCUGGAAUUUCAUAUCAGAAAAAUCCUGUGUAUAUGAAGACAGAUUAAAGAAACAAAAGGACAAAAAUGAAAGUUUACAAAUAAUUUCAAUCACCCAUACAAAACUCCUCACUGUAGAAAGAAGCCAUAAAAAUACUGACUUUGGCCAAAAUUUCAGCUUGAGAUCAGUCUUUGUGAAGCAACAGAGGGUCGCUAGAGAAAAAACACCCUCAAAAUAUGAAAUACAAAGAAAUAGCUUCAAGCAGAAUUCAAAUUUACUUAACCAACCAAAAAUCAAGAUAGCAGAGAAACGCUAUAAAUGUAAUAUAUGUGAAAAAGCCUUCAUUCACAAUUCAUCCCUUCAUAAACAUCAGAAAAACCACACUGGAGAGAAAUUAUUUAAAUGUAAAGAAUGUUUGAAAGCCUUUAGCCAAAGUUCAGCUCUCAUUCAACAUCAAAGAACUCAUACUGGAGAGAAACCCUUUAUCUGUAAAGAAUGUGGGAAAGCUUUCAGCCAUAGUGCGUCCCUUUGUAAACACCUUAGAAUCCAUACUGUGGAGAAAUCCUAUAGAUGUAAAGAAUGUGGUAAAUCCUUCAGCAGGAGAUCUGGCCUUUUUAUACAUCAAAAAAUCCACGCUCGAGAAAAUCCCCAUAAAUACAAUCCAGGUAGGAAGGCAUCCGGCCUUCCUGGAUGUCAGAGAAUUCACCUCAGAAAGAAGUCCUAUUUAUGCAAUGAAUGUGGCAACACCUUCAAGUCUAGUUCAUCCCUUCGUUAUCAUCAGAGGAUUCACACAGGAGAGAAACCUUUUAAGUGUAGUGAAUGCGGGAGAGCCUUCAGUCAGAGCGCAUCUCUUAUUCAGCAUGAAAGAAUUCACACUGGAGAAAAGCCCUAUCGAUGUAAUGAAUGUGGAAAAGGUUUUACUUCGAUUUCCCGACUGAACAGACACCGAAUUAUUCAUACUGGUGAGAAACUGUACAAUUGUAAUGAAUGUGGUAAAGCCUUAAGUUCCCACUCGACGCUGAUCAUCCAUGAAAGAAUUCACACUGGAGAGAAACCGUGUAAAUGUAAAGUGUGUGGGAAAGCCUUCAGGCAGAGUUCAGCCCUCAUUCAACAUCAGAGAAUGCACACUGGAGAAAGACCCUAUAAAUGCAACGAAUGUGGGAAAACAUUCAGGUGUAACUCAUCCCUUAGUAACCACCAGAGAAUUCACACAGGAGAGAAACCAUAUCGAUGUCUGGAAUGUGGGAUAUCUUUUGGCCAAAGUUCAGCUCUUAUUCAACAUCAGAGGAUUCAUACAGGAGAAAAACCCUUUGAGUGUAACACAUGUGGGAAAACUUUCAGACAGAGCUCAUCACUUAUUGCCCAUCAAAGAAUUCAUACUGGAGAGAAACCCUAUGAAUGUAAUACAUGUGGCAAACUUUUCAGCCAGAGGUCAUCCCUUACUAAUCAUUAUAAAAUCCACAUUGAAGAAGAUUCCUUGAAAGUAGAUUUGCAUGUGUGCAAGCCUUAAACCAAAGCUCAUCACAAGAUACAUAUUUGAGAUUGAUUUAAUAAAUGUAAUGAACAUGAGAAAAC